CGCCGAACUACUUUUCAGUAUCUAAUAUAUUUCAUGUUUUAAUUAAUCUCUGGUUAGUUUAGCUGUGAAAUAAUCGGAUGAAAAUGGCAAAAGUUCAAAAGUACAGCCGACAUUUCCUACAAAUUGCUGCAUUUGUGAUGAUGUUUGUCAGUUUCAAUGCGGAAGAAGAGUGCUUUAGAGAGGAAGAUGCCUUUGUGACUCGCCAAAAUCCAGAUGGUAGCAAACUUUGCCUGAGUGCGCAUUUUGAACAAAAUGAAGAAAGCGAACUUGGGAGGGACAACUGUUUAGAAAUUCAGAAAGGACUCACGGCGGAGAAAAUUCAGGAGCAGUUAGAUAAAAAUAGCAAUCUAAAGAAUGAAAAAGAUAUGAUCGAAAAGGAAAGACUGGUGACAGUCGCGGAGGGAAAGAUCCGUCCGUAUUAUCAAUCAACCUGUCCAGAGAUAUAUAUUUGGUUGAGGCCUGGAUAUUACUACUGGACUUUCGUGACGUAUGGCAAAGAUGGUAGUACUAUCUACUCGUACUGCUUCAAUUACUGGUAUGUCUGGAUGAUUGAAUGCGCUUGUAACUAUUGCAAUUUGAACUAUGGGUCAAUUCCUCAUUACGACCGGAGGUUCCAAUGCCGUGUAGAACACAGGUAUGUCUGGAUUCCAAUGGUGUGUUAUGUGGUCGAAGUCAAGGAUAAAAAGAUAAUUAAAAAAUCAUGGACGAAACUGGAAUGGAGGAGAGUCUUACUUUCUAGAGACUGCUGCUGCAAACGUUUCUAUUACUACAGUCAUUAUGCAUUUUCACGAUGUCCAGCCACCUAAUCAUAGAUGAAGCAUGCAACGUUCAGAGAAUCUCAAACAACAAUUUAUGUAAUACUGACAUUUAUAUCUGGAUAUUUAUAGAAAAGCAUGCUAACGCAAUAGUUAGAUUGUUUUUUUAAUUUGAGACAUAUGUAAUUAUACGUUUGUAUAUUUAAAAAAUAAUUAGUUCCUAAACGUGGUUUAUCGUAGAAUAACCCGUUUUGUGUUCUUAUGCGUAAGAAUAUAUCACAAAGGCUGUAGGCGAGUGGUUUAUUGCAGAAUUACCCGAGAUAGAUUUUGCUCUACAUGUACGUAGGUUAUCUGCUGGUCGUGUUAGAAUUUUCAAGAUAUAUCAGUGGGCACAAAAGAGCAAUAUAAUAUAUCUAUGACAAGUUUUUCCAUAAUGAUAACAUGCAAUUCUCAAAGCAGCCAAAAGGUUGUGUACUUAUACUGCAGUUUAAAUAUGCAUCCAGGUAAAUACAGAUAUUGUUAAGGUUCAUGUAAAGUGUUUGGAGGUUAAAGGUCAGUAAUUCAAAUCCUUCUUUGUUUCAUAUAAAAAACGACAACUUCAGGUCGUCUUUACGUAUCUUUAGAGAACAUCACUUUUUCCUACGUGUACCUAUUUUUCAUGUAAGUUCUAUCACAAAUUAACGAAAAAAUGAAAAGAAAAUAGGGGGUUAUGUAGUUCCUAGUGAAAUGCCAGUCAGUUGUGGUCUGCUACCCUAAAAAUGGCGCAUAUUUACUCUCGUCCGCGCAAUAAACACCUACUUCCGGUUUCGAUCUGCAAAACUCGCCAUGUGGGGUGUAUGAACAUGAAAACCGUCUCAUUUUAUGCAGAAGGUAUUCUAGUAGUGAAAAACGGUGAUUAAAGCACUCGUUCUACACGAAUUUGCGCAAAAAAUGGGAAAAUUAGGAUCUAUUUAUUAUGCACUUCUUUCGAAUUACUGACCUUAUACCUGGAGACUGUCCCUCGGAUGAAUUUUUGUUUCAUGUUUUUAGGCCUCAUAGGUCUUUGUUUUUCAUAAAAUGUAUAACAAACUUUUUAGAAAAAGUAGAAGUGUCUUUCAGUAGAGGUUGUUUUGUUUGUUCGGAAUAACAAAGUGCCUCUUAUAUCGCAUGUACUUUGCUUGUUCAUAUUCUGUUUUGUAGAAAAUAUCAGACUCUUUUUUCAUAAAUAUUUUGACGUUAUGUCUUUACUUAUUUUGUGCCUAGCAUAUUAUCUCCAGGUACUCCCAGUGUGAAAAAUGUUACAAAAAUGUACAUUUCAAAACGUUGCAAAAACUCAAAGUGAAAGUGAAAGUAGAGCUAACAAAAUGACACAGUACUCCUAUGUUUUAGAAAAUAUAUAAGUUAACUAUAUUUCAUUACUGGGAGUACCUAGAUGACUAUGUUAAACACACGACAAAACAAAGUUAAAGAAUAAAUACUUUUGAAAAAGAAGUUUAAUAUUUUCUAAAAAUAGAGCAUUGGCAGUCGAAGUACAUGCAACAUUAGACAAAUUAUAUAUUUCCCAAAGAAUCUUACCUUUGUAUAAAGUAUUUAUUACUUUAAAAAGUCAGUGUAUUUAUUAUAAAUAGUAAUGGUCUAUGAGGUAUAAAUUUCCAAAAUCAAAAUUCACCUGAAGGGUGGUUUCCAAACACUUAAUAUGAUAAACCUUAAGCAAACUGCAAAUAUAUGUAAAUAGUGUAAAUACUGUACCUGAAAACUUAUAUUAAUCAGAUAUUUGGCCAGACUAAGUGAUAAAAAUAGUAACUGCAAAUGUAGUUUUCAUUGAAGAAAUGAAUUCAUGCUUAGUUGUUUUAAUAAUUGAUUCUGGUGUGCAAUGUAUUUGAGGGUUUGGAGGUCCAUAAAGUAUACACACAGUCAUGUAUGUCAAUGCAAUUCAUUUGUAAUCUACGUAUAUAUCCUAUCUUUUACAAUGUUUUGACUCAUCCGGUGUUGUUUACUUUUGAACUGAUAAUUAUUUUCUUACACCAGGUAUUCGCGAACGGCGGUUGUUUACGAAACAAAAAUUAUACAUUCCGAGUCACAAUACAGUGAACACACGUUCUUCGUUGUCAGUACCCAGUAAUAUGCCCAUAUCUCAGGGCAAAUAUUGACCGCUUUUGGUGUCAAUGGAAUUAACUGGAAUUUAAAUGCAUAGCUAUGUAUAGCUUUAAUUAGCACUGUUAAUAUUGGGGAUUAUUAAACGCCGAUUUAUUGCAUUUAUACCUUGUUCUUUAAAGGGCCAUUACAAAUUGCUUCUAUAUGAAAUGUGAUUGCCAUAGUGUUUGUAAUAAAUGUAAAAUAUCUCAUCAAAUAUUAUUUUCGAGAAAUUGUUUUCAUAUAUUUGAUUAACACAGUAUUUACUGAAUACAUAAUUUUGAUUACCUCCCUUUCAGGCUAAUAUUGAACGUACAUUUGUAGUGGUUUUCAAACCAGCUAAUAUGCAUGCUGCUUUUUCUAUUUUUAACAUAAAAUUAAAAACAUUUUGGAACGUUAUGGAACACUGACCUUUGCUAGCAUGUGUGAGAA